AUGGUUGGACCGAUUGUGCGCAUUGCACCAGACCAGUACAGUCUUGAUAAUCCUGAGGCUGCAAAGAUCAUCUACGGCCACGGAACCCAGUUUGUCAAGGCCAGCUGGUAUUUGCCAUGGGGUGAUCCAGUCGAUCGAAACUUGUUUAACGAGAUUGACCCAAAAGUCCACGGAAUCAUGCGUCGUCAAGUUUCGAACGUUUAUACCAUGUCAAACAUGGUAUCAUAUGAGCCUUACGUGGAUGAAUGCACGGAGAUAUUAUGCCAGCGCCUCAUCGAGUUUUCUGCGUCAAAUGUGCCCAUCAAUAUGGCGCGCUGGUUCCAAUACUACGCUUUUGAUAUGAUUGGUAAAAUUACCUUCUCUAAAAGAUUCGGAUGCCUUGAUGCUGGAAAAGAUCACCGAGACAUAAUAAAGGCACUUGAUGAUUCCGCACAACUAGCAAGUGCUCUUGGACUCUACCCUCUUAUAUUUCAUUAUCUUCUCAAGAUAUUUAAGUGCCUCUCAAAAGAUCAAGAUGCAAAAGGGCCAGCCUACAUUGCUCAAUAUGCAGAGAAACAAGUAGCGGCUAGGCAAAUCGAGAAACAGCGAGACGACAAGCCGCAAGAUUUUGUAGCCAAACUACUUGAAGGUCAAAAAGAGAGACCCGAUACUGUCACUGACCAUGCAAUUCGACUAUCUAGCGGUGCUAAUAUUGCGGCUGGAUCGGACACCACAGCGAUCACAUUGAGCAACAUCCUGUAUAACCUUUGCAAACGCCCGGCCACCAUGCACAAGCUUCGUCAAGAGCUCGGAGAUGCCAGAGCUUCUGGCCAUAUUUCAAAUCCCAUCACCUUCCGAGAAGCUCAAGGUCUCCCGUAUCUCCAAGCUGUCAUCAAGGAAGGUCUUAGACUACACCCCGCUGUCGGUUUCACGAUGCCGCGAGUGGUUCCAAAAGGUGGCAAAAGGCUAGCUGGAAGGGUUUUCCCAGAAGGAGUAAUACUCGCUAACCCUCUUUGA